AGGAAAAACAAAGUGAACCUGUAGUAAACUAAUUAUUUAAAUAAAUGAAAUAACUAUGAAAAUGCAUGCAAUUAUUGUGUUUUUGCUAUUAACGAUCAUCAAUUCGAAUGCUCAAAACUUCAUUAAUGCAAACACAUUCAGAACCAACAGCAACAAUAAUAAUAAUAUUCGCCGUUGCUUGAAUCCAAAUCGACGCAUUGGUACUUGCGUGGCCAUACAAAAUUGCCAAGUUCUUAUGCAUAGCGACUAUGAUUUCAUAAGAGCUUCACGAUGUGGUGGCGGCUUUGGUACAACUCCAAUGGUUUGCUGCUCAAGUGAUACGGGUUUCACGCAAAAUUUCAUCAAUGAAGUCUACGAUUAUAGCAACGAAUUUAAUCAGAACGAGAUAUAUGAACAACGUCAAGGAUCAUCAGUAAGAGACAAUUAUUGGAUGGAAAGUGCUAGCAUAGAAAAUGCUAUAAGUUUAUUACCAAAACCUCCAACUUGUGGUGGAGAAUUCAUAGACAAUCGUAUCUAUGGUGGACGCAAUGCGGAUCUACAUGAGUUUCCUUGGCUGGCUUUUUUGGAAUAUUCAAAUGCAGAUCCUAAUACGGAUAUGGUAUGUGCGGGAACUUUAAUAAAUCCUCGUUACGUGCUAACGGCUGCCCAUUGUGUGAAAGGCGCAGUUCUCAGGCUGAAAGGAGAAUUAGUGGCAGUACGUCUUGGCGUCCACGAUUAUACACAAAAUAUGCGAUUGACUAACAAUGUAGAGAGGGUAAGAGUAAUGGAAAGGAUUGUGCAUGAAUUGUAUAAAUCUGGUAAAAAUCCUUUGAAUGAUAUUGCACUUCUACGAUUAGAGAAUAAUGUGCGAUAUUCUAAGACCAUAAGACCUAUUUGCAUGCCAUCGGUGUUAAGAGAUUACGCACUCGGAAUGAAUGCCAAUCUAACAGUAAUCGGUUGGGGUGCUACCGAAAAAAAAUCAAGUAGUGCUGUAAAACAAAGUGUCAGCGUACCGUUAUUUGAUCAAAAAUAUUGUCAACAACAAUACGCCACACUAGGAUUGAAUAUUGAAUGGACACAAAUCUGUGCCGGCGGUGAAUUAAAUAAAGACAGUUGCCGUGGGGAUUCGGGUGCGCCACUAAUGCAUAACCAUAACGGUAUUUGGAUUUUACAAGGUGUGGUCUCAUUUGGACGCCGUUGUGGUAACGAAGGUUGGCCCGGAGUGUAUUCACGCGUCAGCAGCUACACUGAAUGGAUUUUGGGAAAAUUAAGGGCUUAAGGAUAAAAAUUUUCAAUUAUUUACUGGUAGUUCUAAUACAAAUGAACUGAUAGAAUUAAAAUGACUUGUAGU